GGAGAACGGGGCGGGGGGCGGACUACGACGACAUGGCCCCGCGGCCGCGGUUGGAAGGGCCGGGAGAGGCCGAAGGCUCCCUCCCGGCCCGGCGGCGGGGCGCGGGGCCGCCUCUGCGCCGGCGCCGUGGGCCGCGCUACCGGCCGGGCCCGGAGGAGGAGGAAGAGGAGGAGGAGGAGGAGGAGGAGGAGGAGAGCGAGAGCGGCGGGCAUGGCGGCGCCCGCCGCGCUGCAGAGGAGCGUGGUGUCCCCUGCGGGCAGGCACACCGCCUCCCUCAUCUUCCUGCACGGCUCAGAAGGGUGCUAGCCGUGUCCAGACUGGCUUCAUGGCUAUCAUCUGAAGAAGGUGACACUGGCCAAGGAGCAAGAACAUGGAUAAAACAAAUUUUGAAUCAAGACAUGGCUUUCCAACAUAUAAAAGUAAUUUACCCAACAGCUCCUGCCAGGCCAUAUACACCUAUGAAAGGAGCCUUUUCCACUGUGUGGUUUGACAGGUAUAAGAUCUCUAAUGACUGUCCAGAACACAUUGAAAGUAUUGAUUCUAUGUGCCAGGGACUUACAGACUUGAUCAACGAUGAGAUUAAAAACGGCAUUGCAAAGAAUAGGAUACUAAUAGGAGGCUUUUCGAUGGGAGGUGGAAUGGCAAUGCAUUUAGCAUACAGGUUUCAUCAAGAUCUGGCAGGAGUCUUUGCUUUGUCUAGUUUUCUCAAUAAAGACUCUUCUGUUUACCAGGCUUUGAAAAGAAAUCAAAGUGUUCUUCCAGAAUUAUUUCAGUGUCAUGGAACUGCUGAUGAACUAGUUCUCUACUCAUGGGGCGAAGAGACCAACAAGAUGUUAAAGUCACUGGGAGUAUCAGCAUCACUUCAUACUUUUCCAAACCUUAAUCAUGAGUUAAGCAGAACUGAAAUAGAAAAACUAAAAACCUGGAUUGUAAAGAAAUUACCUGUUGAAGCAGCAAAGACAAACAAAUAAAAGAAGAUGCAGCUUUCA